UUGUUUAUUUUUGUGCUUAGGUUUUCUGGAACGAAUACUUGUGCUCUGAACCUCGGUUCGUACAAUUAUCUCGGAUUCGCUGAAAACAAAGGUCCUUGUAUCCACGAUGUCGAAGAGUCCAUCCGAAAGUUUGGCCUCAGUAUUUGCAGCUAUACACAAGAAAUAGGUUGUUGUGAUGGUCGUUUUCCCAUGCAGAUUUGCGAUAUCAGAUGUGGUGUUUUUGAAGGGAAUCACGUGAUACACCGUUUGCUGGAACGUACAACUGCCCAGUUUCUCGGAGUCGAGGACGCCAUGUGUUUUCCAAUGGGGUUCGCUACGAAUUCGCUUAAUAUCCCGUGUCUCGUUGGAAAGAACGACAUAAUUUUGAGCGACGAGCUGAACCACACAUCCUUAAUCCUCGGUUGUAGGCUGUCCGGUGCGUCGAUUAAAGUCUUUAAACAUAAUGGUAUGAAUCCGGAUUUUAUUGUAUAUUUAUUAAAUUGCGAUUCUUUGUUUGCGUUACUACGUUGGCUGAUGCCUUUUGCCUGUGUACUCGUUGAAUUUUGUUGCAGAACGUCACUGCUGUGCCAAUCAGGUUAUCGCAGUUGCGAUAGUUUUGGGAAAUUAUUGGAACGCUUUAGCAAGGACAUGCAUUACGGUUUUUGUUCACCGAGCCACUUUGCCAAAGGCAAAAUUUCAGAGCAUAGGCUAACUGGCUUCAAUAGAUUAAACACUUGGCAUUGUCGUUCCUUGUAAUC